AUGGACACCAGAGCAGAGAUGGAGGUUGUGAGAAGCACGAAGGGGAAUGCCACUGGGGAGGUCAGUGUCCAUGUGGUCACCACCGAGAGCACUGUGCAGAGCACCCACCUGCCAACGACUGCCUUCAUUAUACCAGCAAAUGCCACUACCAUCAACCUUCCCACGAGCACCUUAGAAAUUCAGCGAUUCCCCCGGGAACCACAGAGAAGCACAGGGGCUGAGAGGCCAGAGAGGGGAGCAGGGAGCGAGCCCAUCACAGCUACUGUCAUUCCCCAGAUCAGCGGGGUGCAGACCUGCAGCACAGUCCGUGUGCUGGAGUGGAAAGAUGGGGUGGCUACUUUGCCUGGGAGUAACCUGCGGUUUCGAAUAAAUGAGUAUGGGACGCUGAAGGUGGUGAGUGCUGAUAAGAUGCCUCCAGUGGAAGCUAUAAAGGAGGAUCACACAGAGAAAGAUGGGGACUCGGAGGUGGCACCCACCAGCAGGGACAAUCCUACUGUGGCUCAGGAUGUGCCAGAGCAGACCAAGCUGCCAGCAGCAGAAGGCAUGUGCCACUGUGAUACCUGUGGCCGGAGACAUGUGUCAGACGGAGCGCGGGAAGGCAGGGGCUUCUGCAGCGAGCACUGUCACCAGCAGUUCAAAGAAAGGUCUGUCAUUGUGGAAAACUCUGCCAGCACCACCAAUGCCACCGAAAUCCUCAAGCCGGUGAAGAAACGAAAGAGGAAGGACUACCAGAGCCCUUCGGAGGAAGAAUAUGAAUCUGAGCAAAUGGAGGAAAAGCAGGAAGAGAGGAAAAACUCAGCAGGAGACACAUCUGUCAGCAAUCCAGGGACUGAUGCAUGGAAUGGGAGCCAGCACGGUGCCAGUGAGGAGAAGAAAGAAGGCUGGUCUUGGGCGUCCUACUUGGAGGAGCAGAAAGCUGUCGCUGCCCCUUUAGAUCUCUUCCAGGAUUACCAAGUAGCUUCCCAGCACAAGAAUGGCUUUAAAGUGGGGAUGAAGCUGGAGGGGAUCGAUCCGCAGCACCCAUCUAUGUACUUUAUCCUGACAGUGGCGGAGGUGUGCGGUUACCGGAUGCGCCUCCACUUUGAUGGCUACUCUGAGUGCCAUGAUUUCUGGCUGAAUGCAGACUCCCCCGAUAUCCACCCCGCUGGCUGGUUUGAAGAGACAGGGCACAAACUCCAACCACCGAAAGGUUAUAAGGAAGAAGAAUUCAGCUGGACAAACUACCUGAAGAUAACAAAGGCUCAGGCAGCUCCCAAGCACCUCUUCAUGAUCCGAAACACUCACGAGGCUUCCCCGGGCUUCAAGGUGGGCAUGAAGCUCGAAGCCGUGGACCGCAUGAACCCUUCCCUGAUCUGUGUUGCCACAGUGACUGAUGUGGUGGACAAUCGCUUUUUGGUGCACUUUGACAACUGGGAUGAUACUUAUGACUACUGGUGUGACCCCAGCAGUCCAUACAUCCACCCAGUUGGAUGGUGUCAGGAACAUGGCAAACCCCUCACACCUCCUCAAGAUUAUCCUGACCCUGACAACUUCACCUGGGAAAAGUACUUAAAGGAAACUGGUGCAUCUGCUGUCCCAGAUUGGGCCUUUAAAGUGCGCCCACCCCAUGGCUUCCUGGUCAACAUGAAGCUGGAGGCAGUGGACAGGAGGACUCCUUCAUUCAUCCGAGUGGCCAGUGUGGAGGAUGUGGAAGACCACAGGAUAAAGAUCCAUUUUGAUGGCUGGAGCCACGUCUAUGAUUUCUGGAUUGAUGCGGAUCAUCCGGACAUCCACCCCAUAGGCUGGUGCUCAAAAACUGGACACCCACUGCAGCCUCCUCUCAGGCCAAAGGAACCGGCCUCCUCUGCCCACGGGGGCUGCCCAACCCUGGGCUGCAAGAGCAUCCCUCACACCAAGAGCUCCAAGUACAGCUUUCACCACAGGAAGUGCCCCACGCCGGGUUGCGACGGGUCGGGACACGUGACUGGGAGAUUCACGGCCCAUUACUGCCUCUCAGGGUGCCCGCUGGCAGAGAAGAACCAGGGCAGGCUUAAGGCGGACUUGUCUGACACCGAGGCCUCAACUCGCAAGAGGAACCUGAUUGGCUUCCCUCAGCGAAAGAAAUCUCGGCACCAUGGGAGAGGGCGACCUCCAAAGUACCGGAAGAUCCAGCAGGAAGACUUCCAGACUAUUUCUUCAGACAACAUGCACCAGUCGCUCUUCAUGUCUGCCCUGUCUGCCCACCCCGACCGCUCCCUGUCGCUCUGCUGGGAGCAGCACUGCAAACUCCUGCCAGGGGUGGCUGGCAUCACGGCAACUACAGUGGCCAAGUGGACCAUUGAUGAGGUCUUUAGCUUUGUUCAGACUCUGACGGGUUGCGAGGACCAAGCCAAGCUCUUCAAGGAUGAGAUGAUCGAUGGCGAGGCAUUCCUCUUGCUGACGCAGGCUGACAUCGUCAAGAUUAUGAGUGUCAAGCUGGGCCCAGCACUCAAGAUCUACAACGCCAUCCUCAUGUUCAAGAAUGCUGAUGACACCUUAAAGUGA